CUGCUUGUAUAUGGCUGAGCGGACGGGAAGCCUAAUUUUCAGUGUCCUAUGGUCGUAUGUGACAGGAAAACCAGAUAAGCUUAUUAUUUACCGAUGAAAACUUGGCUGAUGUCUUCCGUCCUGGAAGUUGAAUCCGGUCCGUUGUCAGAUACCCAUCUUGAAGCUAUGCAGGACCCCCAAUUAGCAAAGGCUUCAACGGCGAUGUGCGCUACUGUUCACACACCCUGUAGCCUACCGGGCGGACCUACUGUGUACCAUUUAACAAUCGGCUAAUAUCUUCGGUUGUUCUGGAAAUCCAAGUCGUGGAAUUGAACCUUGAGGUAGUUGUGAAAAUAGUGGGCCUGUAGGUAUUGUAGCUAAGCCUAAUCACGAUAAGCACAUCGUAUAGCGUUACGUGUUGCUCUAGGAUCUUUCUCCAGUUCUCUAAGACAAGCAGGUUUCCCAAUCAUUUUCGGAACUUCACAAAUCAUCUACAUCAAAAUGGGGGCAGUGCUUUCGCUUUUGCAGAACACAUGGAGAGUCUUAAUUUCAACAAUUUCCGUUCUGAAAGCUUUGUCUACCGAGUUCAAUCAGGCUUUGAAGCGUGCAUCGCAGCCUCCAGGUCUCCCAAGCCCCAAACCAUCCCAGCCGUACUGGCUCAACGAUCCUCCAUAUCCUGAACUUGUUAAUGUAAGUUCGCCCAAAUUGCCGCAGACCGCAGAUGUGGCUAUCAUUGGUUCCGGAAUCGCCGGCGCUGCUGUCGCGCGGUCAUUGUUACACGAGCGACGCCGUCGUAACAUUUGUACGAAUGAAAAGGUGAUCGUUUUCGACGCGAGACAGCUAUGCAGCGGUGCCACCGCUCGAAAUGGCGGCCACAUCAAACCUUCGAUAUAUGAGUCCUUUUCUCGAUUCAGCAAGCUCUUCCCAAAAGAUCGCGCUGCUGCACUGGCGCGUUUUCAAUCUCUACAUAUCAAUUGUUUGAUCGAAUUAUGUCAAAGCCAAGGCAUCAAUGCUGCCGAAGCUCGGAGGGUCGAGACUGUUGACUUUUUCCUGGAUGAGCAAAGUUUCUCCAAGGCCGUCGCCGAUAUUGACGAAUUGAAGAGGUGGUUGCCAGAAAUUGAGAUUGCAGUAUGGAAUAGCAAUCAAGCACAUGAGAGGUUUGGCGUCAAUAAUAGCGUCGUCGGUGCUUUAUCCUACCAAGCAGGGGCUAUUUGGGCGUACCGGUUUGUUGCAUCUAUCUGGCGUGGCAUUCUGGACGAAUUCUCACAUAGUCUCUCUGUUGAGACGAAUACCCCUGUAGAGUCGAUAAGUGUUCCAAAAGAUGCCCCGGAAGGCUUCCCGUACGCUUUGCAGACUACUCGAGGAACUGUAUUUGUCCGACACGUAGUUCACGCUACCAACGCCUUCGCUAGUCAGCUCGUCCCAGGACUACGCAGCAAGAUCGUGGGUGCACAAGCCCAUAUGUCUGCUCAAAAACCAGGACAAAAUUUCGCAUAUGCUGAUGGCAUGCACUCCUGGAGUGUUGUUUACGGUGAGGGGUUUGACUACGUCACACAAAGGCCACCAGCCGCAGGUGAUUCCAAAGGAGAUCUGAUGAUCGGAGGCGGUUUCCUGCGAUCGCUAAAGCAAGGUAUCGAUCAAGUCGGUCGAUAUGACGAUGGCUCUCCGCUCGACCCUUUGACCACUACACACAUUGCAGGCAUUUUUCCAGCGAUAUUUCAUCCAAAUUGGGGUGUUGGUGCCGAAUUGAAGCAAACCUGGUCAGGUAUCAUCGGCCUGACAGGAGAUUCUCUUCCACUAGUCGGUCGCUUGGAUACAAAGUUAACAGGGCGGGAUACGAGACAACAAAAGCGGACGUCGAGCGACAAGUACCAUUGUGGAGAGUGGAUUGCAGCAGGUUUCUCCGGAGAGGGCAUGGUGUGGGCCUGGCUUUCAGGAGCAGCUCUUGGUAUCAUGAUUGCCGGAAGUGAAGACGAUGAAUUACCAAAGGUUCCAGGAAGGCCAGGUGGGAAAUUGGCGGAGUGGUUUCCAAAAGAACUAAUGGUGUCUCAUGAGAGGAUACGCAGUGCUGACGUUAGUAAUCUGGCUAGUCAAUCAUGAAGAACAGGGUUUUGUCUAGACGCGUCAUUGGCACUGUCAAAAGAAAUCAUACAUUUUAGUCACGGAAGAAACCGAAAUUCUUCAACUUUCUCCUUUGCCAUCCUGUUGUUUACUCUGUCUGCUAUACCGAAGCUCAUCGAAAGUCAUGUCUUCUUUUUUG